AUGCCACCAUCCCGUCCUAACGCCCCUUUCAGUGAGCCUUACUGGCACUACGGCGCCCCGCCUCCGUACUAUACCGAGUCCCAUUUCAAGCUGCAGGCCGAGACUCGAGCUUACGUGAAUGAGUACAUCACUCCUUUCUGCGAAGAGUGGGAACGUCAGGGAUCCAUACCUCGCGAGGCAAGUAGCACACUCCACAAGAGAAGAGGUCUUUUGGGCUACGUUGCUGCAGGCCUGUUCCCGCCGGAGCCUGAUUACCUGGGCGAAGUAAUUCUGCCUUGUGGGAUCCCUCCUGACAAGUGGGAUGGCUUCCAUGACCACAUUGUCGUUGACGAGCUGACCCGCUGCGGGUACAUGGGUGUUGUCUGGGCCCUCGCCUGCGGAAACAUCAUCGGCUGUCCACCACUCAUCAACCAUGGAACGCCCGAGCAGAAACGGCGCCUUCUGCCAUCCAUUUACAACGGUACUACACGGUUCUGUUUGGCAGUCACUGAGCCUUCAGCCGGCUCUGAUGUAGCGGGCAUCAAGACUGUCGCCAAGCGCCAAGGAGACAAGUACAUCGUGAACGGCACCAAGAAAUGGAUCACAAACGGCGUGUACGCCGACUACUGUACGGCUGCUGUCAGGACUGGCGGUCCAGGCCAAUCAGGCAUCUCGGCUCUCGUCAUCCCAUUGGACGCCAAAGGUGUGACCAGGAGGCGAAUGGACAAUUCGGGCAUCAAUGCUAGCGGGUCGACCUUUAUCGAAUUUGACGAUGUCGAGGUCCCCAUUGGGAACUUACUAGGAAAGGAAAACGAGGGAUUUGGAAUCAUCAUGAGCAGCAAGGUUACAGAUUUUAAUCAUGAACGAUUAUGGCUUGCAACUAUCUGUCUGCGUCUGGCUCGAGUCUGCGUGGGACACGCCCACGACUACGCGACCAAGCGCGAGACGUUCGGUAAGAAGCUGAUAGAGAACCAAAUUAUUCGUGCCAAGCUCGUCGAUUCUGGAAAGAAGAUCCAGGCUGCCUAUGCCUGGCUGGAACAGCUCAUCUGGACCCGUCAGCGUCUUACAAACCACGAUGGCCCAGACACCCUGGGUGCUAGCGUUGCCAUGCUCAAGACCCUGUCUGCUCGCACCCUGGAGGAGACGGUACGCGAGGCGCAGCAGAUAUUUGGAGGGCUGGGAUAUUCUAAGAAUGGCCGCGGGAGAGUGGUGGAGCAGAUCAGCCGCGACUUUAGAGUUCUCGUGGUGGGAGGUGGGAGCGAGGAGAUUUUGACAGACUUUGCAUACAGGCAAGAGUCCCGAACUCUUAAAAGGCUUGCCAAUGAAGCAUCAAAGCUGUAA